UCUCCGUAGACUCUCUCUCUCUCUCGCUCGCUCGCUCGCUCACAAAAGAGAUGCGUUGAGCUCGCGAAAUCUCAAAUCGAAAGCUAGCAGCAAACCCUAGAGUCUCCUCAUCUCGAAUCCAAUGGAUCGGAUCCAGCCUCCGGUGGAGAACUAUGCAAAUCCAAGGACUUGCUUCUUUCAUGUCCUCUUUAAGGCUGCAGCAUUGGCAUUUUACAUCUUGUCUGCGCUAUUCUUUAAUAGCUUUGUGAUCAUCUUCGUGGUUACGGUCCUUCUCGCUGCGCUUGAUUUCUGGGUUGUUAAGAAUGUAAGCGGACGGAUAUUGGUUGGGUUGAGGUGGUGGAAUGAGAUUAAUGAGCAAGGAGAGAGCGUGUGGAAGUUUGAGUGCCUUGACCAAGAGUCUCUUGCUAGGAUGAACAAGAAAGAUUCAUGGCUUUUUUGGUGGACAAUCUAUCUCACGGCUGUUGCGUGGAUUUUCCUUGGAAUAUUUUCACUUAUAAGGUUUCAAGCUGAUUAUCUUCUAGUCGUUGGAGUUUGCUUGACACUUAGCAUUGCGAAUAUUAUUGGUUUUACUAAAUGCCGCAAAGAUGCUAAGAAACAGAUACAGCAGUUUGCUACCCAGACCAUUGCUUCUCGCUUCUCAUCAACAUUGCAGUCAGCAUUCAGCGUCGUAUGAGGCCUCACAAGAAGUAAACAGAAGGGGGAUAAAAACGAUGGAAAUGUAUGCAAAAUGUACACAAAAAAACACAAUUCUUUUUGUUAAACCAUGGUUUUGAUGAUGUUGGAUUAUAUAGUAGGACCUCAUACUGGUAUUUUUGUAUUCGAGUUGGAAAGAAGUGAUGGAUUAAAUCUCAAUUUGUUCGUUCUUUC